UUCAAACCCAAGCAAUCGCGGCGCGCGCGCGUGCUCGAACUGCGCGCAGACUUUGACGCUAGCAGCAACACGGCAGUAAUCAUUGGUCGCAGCGCUGCUCGCUCGGAUCGCUUUUCCGUUUCAGCACGGUCCCGAAACCCCCAGCCACCAGGCGACGCGGACUCUGCCGCGUCGCGCGCGGACCUUAGAACUGACAGAGAACUGACAGAUCAAUGGCCGCCAAGCGCCGCCUCCGCUUCAGCAGCGUCGCGGGCCCGUCGCCGAAGCGCGGCCGUGCCGCGCGCGGCGACGACGACGAGGAGGAGGAGCAGCCGCCGCAGGAGCCCGACGAGAGCGAGGAGGAGGCGCCGCCGGCGCCACCGCCGCGCCCGCGCCGGUCGACGCGCGGCCGGUCGCCGCCGCCGGGCCCGACGGGCACUCAGCCGCGCCGCCGGUCGGCGCCGUCGGCCGCCGCGCGCGCCGCCGCGGCCGCGGAGCACGAGGCGGUGAUCGCUGCCGCCAACGCGCCCACGGUCGAGCGCCCGCGCCGCGCCGCGCCCGCCCCCGCGCCCGCGCCGGCACCGGCGCGCCGCCGAUCCGCGCGGGCUCCCGCUCCGGCGCCGGCGCCUGCCGCCGCGCCCGCCGCGCCGCCGGGCCACCAGGUGCGCCGCGCCGUCGACGCCGCGAAAGCAGCCUUCGCGGCCGCCAAGGCCUACGUCCUGAGCGCCGGCGGCGCGCCGAACCGCGGCCGGCGCGUGACGACAACGAUCCCCUUCGCCUACGUCCUCGCCGGCGUCGCGGUCCUCGCCUUCGGCGGCGCCUUCACGCUGCAGGCGCGGCGCCACGCGCCACCGCGGGCGCUCGACGCGUCCGUGCUGCGGCACGCGCGCGCGAGCCGCGCCGCGACGCUGCUCGGCAGCGCGCGGCGCCGCGCCGAGGCCCUCGCUUCGAAACGGAGCGCGCUCGCGGCGGCGAAGCGCGACCUCCAGCAGGCGACCUUCGCGGCCUCGGAAACGCGGACCAAGGCCGACGCCCACGCCCAGGGCUGGGCGCGCUUCGUCGCCGUGAAGGAGCGCGCGGCCGCGGCCAAAGCGGCGGCCGAGGCCGCGGCGGCCGGCGCGGCCGCGGCGGCAACCGCGGCCACGGGCGCGCGCGAGGCCGUGGCCGCGGCCUUCCAGCGCGCCCAGGACGCCGUCAAGCCGCGGCGCGGCGGCGAAGUUAUUACCGCCGAGGCCGCCGCGGCGCGGGCCGCCGCGGCGAACGACAAGAUCGAGGCGGCCAUGGACUCGGGCGUCUUCUCGUCGAGCGAGCGGGCGGCGAAGAAGGCUCUGGCGGCGGCGGCGGCGCUGACGGAGGCCGUCGACGCGCGCCGGGCCUACGAGCCGCAGGUGUCGGAUGACGUGCGAAACGCGCUGCACGCGGCGGCGGAACGGGCGGCUUCAGAUGACUUAAGAGCCGUCGACGUCGCGCGGAAGCACGUCGAGGCCGCGGCGCGGGCGCGGGCGGGCGCGUACGACUACGCGUCGAGCCGCGCGGGCGGCGUGGUCGUGAACGCGACGGCGCCGCCGACGCUCAAGAGCAAAGUGCGGGGGUUCCUGAAGCUCGAGCCCGGGCCCUCGAUGGUCAUCUCGUCGCGAGCUGUUAACGCGGCGCGGUGCUGGGGCUUUGCCGGGGAUCAAGGGAGGGUGCUCAUCCGGCUCAGCCGGCCGGCCCAGCCGGAAUACUUCGUGCUGGAGCACGCGCCGAAAGCCCACGGUCCGAGGCGCCUCGAGGCGGCGGCGCCGCGCGAGUUCUCGGUGACCGGCUUCGCGGUGGACGGGUCCGCGACGUACGACCUGGGCGCCUUCGCCUACGACGCCGACGGGCCGGCGGCCCAGCGCUUCCCGGCCAAAUUUCUCCCGCGGCGGCCCCGGCCCGUGGUCGCCGCGGUCGAGGUGUCCGUCGCGAGCAACCAGGGCGCGGCGGCGACGAAGCUUUGUCGCUUCCGGGUGCACUGAGUAUAACUUGAUUAGAACUUAGCUAGAGCCGUCUCGAGCUAG